AUGACUCAUACGUUUUUGCUGUUCUGCUUAGUGUUUCUUUUGCCCACAGAGUCCUGCAGGACAUUAUGCCAGGCUGCCAGCAAAAGCAAGGAGAAAGUGUCCGCCAAGCCACACGGUGCAUGUGAUGGGGUCUGUGUGGACAAUUCCCACUGCAGUCAACCUUGCCCUCCAGAUACUUCGGGAAAUAUGGGGUUUUUAUGUAGGCGAAAUAAAUGGCACAAGAUCACUGAUACCUGCCAGACUCUUACCGCCUCCAACAUCUUUGAGGAGGAUUUAAGUACAGUACCAUCAUUUGGAAGUACUGUAUACUCAAAGGAAUAUGUCAAGAAGUCUGAGACCAUUGCAGAUAAGUUGAUGCAGAAGUGUCCGCAGGAUUUGUCCUGUGUCAUUAAGAACAUCCAGCGUUCUCCCCGGAUACCAGGAAACAUCGCUGUCAUCGUGCAGCUACUACACAACAUAUCGACAAUGCUGUCAACAGAUGUGGACGAAGCAAAGAUGCAGAGUUACAGCAUCAUGGCCAACCACAUUCUUGACAGCAAAAGCAUCUCAAACUGGACCUUCAUCCCUGAGAAAAACAGCAGCUGUGUGCUCCUGCACUCAGUCAAUAGCUUUGCAAGAAAGCUGCUCAUAAAUAAAUAUCCCAUCGACAUAUCGGAUGUCUUUAUUCAUACUAUGUGCACCUCCAUAACUGGAGAUACCAAGGGAAAGAAUUUAACUUUCUCAAUGAGAGUUAAUGACACUGGCAGUAGAGUCACUGGGAGGGUGCUGAUCAGCAGGGAUGAAGCCCAGAAGGUACGUUCUCCUUCUCAGGUCGUCAGCAUUGCAUUUCCAACCCUUGGAGCCAUCUUAGAAGCCAGCCUUUUGGAAAACGUCACUGUGAACGGACUUGUCCUGUCUGUCAUUUUGCCCAAGGAACUUAAAAGAAUCUCACUGGUUUUUGAAAAGAUCCAGAAUUCAGAGGACAGGAGGACACAGUGUGUUGGCUGGCACUCGUUAGAGAGCAGAUGGGACCAGCAUGCCUGCCAGAUGAUUCAGGAAACCUCCCAGCAAGCUGUGUGCAAAUGUAGGCCAAGCAAGUUGUUUACCUCCUUCUCCAUUCUUAUGUCACCACAUACCUUGCGGAGCCCCAUCCUGACUUACAUCACAUACAUAGGCCUGGGCGUUUCUAUUUGCAGCUUGAUCCUUUGCUUGUCCAUCGAGGCCUUGGUCUGGAGCCGAGUGACGAAGACAGAGAUCUCGUAUUUACGCCACUUGUGCAUUGCUAACGUCGCAGCUACCUUGCUGAUGGCUGAUGCAUGGUUCAUCGUGGCUUCCUUUCUUAGUGGUCCAAGAACACACCAUAAUGGAUGUGUGGCAGCAACGUUUUUUGUUCAUUUCUUUUACCUUGCUGUGUUUUUCUGGAUGCUCGCUAAGGCACUUCUUAUCCUCUAUGGAAUCUUGAUUGUUUUCCAUACACUGCCCAAGUCAGUCCUGGUGGCAUCUCUCUUUUCAGUGGGAUAUGGUUGCCCUUUGGUCAUUGCUGUUAUUACAGUUGCUGCCACUGAGCCUGGCAAAGGCUAUCUUCGACCUGAGGCCUGCUGGCUCAACUGGAACAUGACCAAGGCCCUCCUGGCCUUUGUGGUCCCAGCUCUGACCAUUGUGGUAGUAAACCUGAUCACAGUGACACUGGUGAUUGUCAAAACCCGGCGAGCUACCAUUGGCAGUUCCAUGUUCCAGGAGGUGAGAGCCAUUGUGAGAAUCAGUAAGAAUAUCGCCAUCCUCACACCACUGCUGGGCCUGACCUGGGGAUUUGGAAUAGCCACAGUCAUCGACGAUAGCUCCCUCGUCUUCCACAUUCUCUUCUCCUUGCUUAAUGCUUUCCAGGUAAGUUCAAACCCUUCUGACCAAGUCAAAAGUGAGAGAAUUUGGAAAGAACUUUUGUGA